AUGGGUACAGGUUGGGAGUUAACAAAGGCUUUAAAGGAUAAAAUAUUCCACUAUGCCAUCUACAAUCAAACACCUAUAUCAUUACGACAGAUGGUCCAGUUUGGUCCUACCCCUUCACCAGGAUCAAUAUUCCUCGCUUCCAAAUUCAUCGUUGAGGAGUUGCCGAUACGGUUAGCUAAAAAGGUCAAGGAUUUGGAGUAUGCACCAUUGGGAUUGAACGAGAGUCCGUCAACUAUUAAGGUCAAAAAUUGGUAUGCUCAAUCUUUCGAAGAGUUGACAGACUUGCCGAAGCCCACAAUUGAUGAGAAUUUGAAAAAGUUGUUGUAUAGCAAUAACGGCAACAACAAUGGAUUCAAAGUUGACAAACUCGACGACCAACCAAACAUUACAGAAGAGGUACACAAAAUAUCCGAAGUGCAAGAUGAUAACCCAGCUAUAAAUAAUGUAUUCAGCGAUGACGGCAUAGUAGUCCGACAUCACCAUCACCACCAUCAGCUGAACCAAGGCAAGCUACCUACAAUUUCCCAAACGAGGGUACCGUCAAAGGACCAGGAAAACACAACUAUACGAAGCGAAUCUCCCACGUAUGGCAUGACCUAUUUCCUGCCCUGCCCUACAAACAUUGUAUGGCCGAAAGAAGUUUAUGCAUAUAAUAAGGCGGUGUUUGAUGCUUUGGAAAAGAUCAAAAAGAGACAUGAUGCCACUGUGGCCACCAUGGCCCAAGGGGUUCAGGAAUGGAAGGCGAAAAACAAAACCGUGUUUGUCAAUUCGCAAAUUCAAACUUUUCUUGAUCGAUUCUACAUGUCAAGAAUUGGCAUUCGUAUGUUGAUUGGCCAGCAUUUAGCAUUGAACAUGGCCCAGAAUUCACCAACGAAGCAACGUCUACUGACGUUAAUCAACGGCUCAGAAGGCUCAACAAAGAAACCGGGCAGGUCAAACUAUGUUGGUGUUAUCUGCACUGAUUGUAAUGUGAGUGAGAUUGCUGAAGAUGCAAUCGAAACUGCUAAAUACAUUUGUGAAGAGUUUUACGGGCUUUUUGAGGCCCCAGAGAUACAGUUGGUUGCACCCCAACAAGAUAUUAAUUUCAUGUAUGUCCCUGGCCACUUGAUCCACAUGUUAUUUGAAACGUUGAAAAACUCCUUGCGUGCUACUAUUGAGUUCCACACACCCAAGUUGAAACAAAAGUAUGUUGAAGAGCAUCCAGGAACAAAGUUGGAUGAGGUCGACAUCAACGAUUUGGAGUACCCACCGAUUAAAGUCAUCAUUUCUGAAGGUACUGAAGAUAUCGCCAUAAAAAUAUCUGACGAAGGUGGUGGUAUCCCUCGUUCGUCCUUGCCGUUGAUUUGGACAUAUUUGUAUACAACUGUUGAUGAAACACCCGUAUUAGAACCAGAAUACAGUCAAACUAGCUUCAAAGCCCCAAUGGCUGGGUUUGGUUACGGUUUGCCCAUUAGUCGCUUGUAUGCGCAAUACUUUGGCGGUGAUUUAAAGUUGAUUUCAAUGGAGGGCUACGGAACCGAUGUGUACUUGCACUUGAACAGGUUGAGCAGUUCGAAUGAGCCGUUGCCAUGA